GCAGUAGUUUCAUUUUCCUCUAGCAGAUUGAGGGCGAGGUUAGCUCCUCUUAUCUCCUUCCUGUUCCUGCACAGCGACUCACAUGAAGCUCGGAGGAGCUGCUCACUCGGAGAUCUGCACUAAAAUCUGCUGGUUUGGAUCGUUUUGCAGCCUAAAAGGUGGAUGUGGAGAAACUCGUUAACUAAUUUUAACACCCGUCUCAUCAGUGAAACAGGGGAUUGCUGCAGGAGAAACACGGGGACUUCAUGAGGAGCUAACAGCAGAGCUAACAGCAGAGCUAACAGCUGAUCGCUGGUGUGAGAAAUGGGAGCAGGAUCAUCCAAGUGGUCUCUGAACACAAAUACCUCAGAAAAAUGAGGGCGAAACGGCACUGAAGAAGAACGGACUGAAUAUCUCAGCGAUGGGUUUCCAGCAACCUCACCUGCAGAAGCAAAAACAGAUGAUGUACUUCAUCCUCCUGUGUGUUGCCGUGUUCAUAACGUUCAAGAUUUCAGAAAGAUAUUUACAGGAGGUGAGUCAGAUACUCAAACCAGCUGGAAAACUGGGCAACACAGUAACACAACUACAGACUCCAACAAAAGAUGCAGCUUCAUUUAUUGCAGUCAACAUGACAAAGACGCUGCUGGUAUCAGCUUAUCUAGAACAUCGCACAAACCCACAGCAGGUUCGGGUUAUCGCAGUGGUGCUGCGUGAAGAGACGGUCAUCUACCGCUGCGUCUUACUCUGCCGCAACAACCAGGUCCACGUCUCAGACGGCGACCUCCAGAUCCACACGGACCACUUCGGCUUCCGCUACGGCACCGCCGACAUCCUGUGCGUCAUACCGUCAUCAUGUGACACGCCGUCGCACGUCGCUGUGUCCUCCGCGGCAUUUAAAGAGGAACAUUGGCCUGAAUUUUUGGAGGUGAAGAACGGAAACAAACAGACGGAAUCCUUUAAUCACACCUUCACCGUCUGUCUGUCCACCAUGUUCGAUUUCAACAAUGUGCUGCAGUUGGUGCAGAGUUUAGAAAUGUUUCGGCUCCUGGGAGUGAGCAAAGUUUUUGUCUAUAAAACCAACUGCAGUGCUAAAACCCAACGCGUACUGAACUACUACACCAGAAAAGGUUUCCUGGAGGUGAUUCCUUGGUCCAUGUCCAGCUUCCUGAAUGUCUCUCGUGGAUGGCUGCCCUUACACGGCCCCGGUGACAUCCACUACUUUGGGCAGAUCACCGCGCUCAACGACUGCCUCUACCGGAACAUGUACCGGUCCAAAUACGUGGCUCUGCACGACAUUGACGAACUCAUCCUGCCCCAGACGGUCAAAACCUGGACGGAGCUGCUGCCUCUGCUGGAAAGUAAGUACACCCCAAACAAAUGCUACAUGUUUGAAAACAACGUGUUCCCCAACAACGUGAUGCUGCCACGGAGCGGGACCGACCCGGCCCGCUGGAGGGGCGUCCCGGGCGUGGACAUCCUGGCUCACCUCCACCAGGAGCCCGUCUCCAAAGACCACGUUUACGAAAAGUUCAAGAUCAUCGUCAACCCUCGACUCGUCGUCUCCGUCUCUGUUCACGGCGUGCUCAAGUCCCACAGCAUGAACGGCUGCGCCUGGGUGGACCGGAACAUCGCGCGGAUGUACCACACCAGAGCUCAGAUGCAAAUCGAUCUGCCUUCAGACCAGCUGAUUUACGACGGCAGACUGCUGAGCUACAGCGAAACGCUCAUCAAGGCCGUUAACGUCAUGCUCAGUGAGAGCAGGAUUCUCUGACGGCUCGACUCAACGGACUGCUUAGAUUUUUAUUUUUACCUGAAUGGAAAAACUCAGAUUCCCGUCCAUCAAGAAGACUGACCAGAAACAGGACAAUUAAUAAAUAAUAUUUUGGAAAAAAUGUGCACUGUGAAAGUGUUUAACUACACAGAUCUUUGAAAAUGUAUAAAUGGGAAGGAAAUUAAGGAAAAAUACGGUUUUAAGUACAUGAUGUGGUGAAGAUUUGAAAGUUUACAGGAACAAAAAAACUCAACGAUUGUCGUCAGUCUGAGAAAAACCAGCAGGAUUCAAUGAGGCAGGAAAAGCAGAUGGAGGAAAAACUCUAACUCUACUGGGCUACAAGACAACUUGUAACCCGUCUUGUUGCUGCAACACUUCAGCCUGAACCAAGCUGUUUGCACUCGGGAAGUAACCAGGUACAUGUACUCAGUUACAAUUACUUCACUAACUUUUUAAUUUGUUUUUUUGUCAGUUAUAUAAACUAUUGUAAUUUUGUUCUUUAAGGUACCAAAAUUUCUGUUUAACUUUACAUAUCACUCCAUCCGGUGAUGUCAUUUUUUAAUCGUUAAAUGAUUAGUAAAUUUUAAUUUAUUAAAAGAUUUAGA